UGCGGGAUGUGGCAGCGCGGCCGUGCGAGGUGGUCGGGAGUGACUCGACGUCCAGAAUCUUACCGACGGCCGAGGCGAGCGCAUCCCCGCCGCUUGCCACCACGCCUCAGUUUUAACCCAUUUGCGACCCGCAGAGGCGACAUAGCGAGGUGUUUCGAGUUCCCAUUAGAGAAGAAGGCCUGUGUAGUGUGUGAGACGUGCGAACCGCAGGAUACCCUCGCUGUUGAGACGAGUGCUUAGAAAUCCUACUGACUGGAUAGCACACGGACCCUAAUACAGCCGGAUUGUCGGGGUAGCGGCUUCGACCGUCACCUCCUGCUCGCACUGCUCGUGACGUGUUACCCAUCCCUCCCCAAGGCCUCCGGUGAUGGGCGUGCGGGCGUGGGCGCGCGGGGGGGCGUGGGCGUGAUGGUGGGGCGCCCGUAAUGCGCGAGUCACCCCUGGAGGGAGCCACCGCCCCCCGGAACAAGCAGGCGCCCUCGAGCCUCAGCGGGGCGACUGCUGGCUCCGCGGGUGCCUCCACCCACCCACACCCACACCAGCCUCCCGCCCACCACCACCACCACCGCCCCCAUCAUCAUCACAACAACCACAAUCACCAACAGCCUAACAAACAUCAUCACCAUCACUACCAUCACCACGCCAACAAGCACCAUCAUCAACAGUCGCAGCCGCAACAAAACUACCAGAACUCGAAGGCUCCCAGCGGCGGCGCCUACCAGCAGGGUAAGCAUAAGGGCCUCCCCUUCCCACAGCAGGGCAAGCACCAGCACCACCACCAGCACCACCACCCGCAGCCCCCGCCCCCGCAGCCCCCGCCCCCGCAGCCCGCCAAGCCGCAGGCACAGCUCCAGCAGCAGAAGCCGGCGCACCAGCCCUCCACCCCGCCCAAGCCGUACCAGCGACAGCAAGGCUCCCCCUCCCCUGCCCCCCCUCCCCCGCAGCACAGAGGGCCUCCUGGCCAGUCAGGCCAACAACAACAGCAGCAGCAGCCGCAGCCCCAGCAGCCGCCGCCCCAGCAGCCGCCUCAGCAGCCGCCGCAAUCGCAGCAGCAGCCGCAGUCGCAGCCGCAGAAGCAGCCGAAGCCUCAGCAGUCCCCCGGCGCCCCGCAGCAAGGCCCCGGCGCCCCGCAGCAAGGCCCCGGCACGGGCGGUCCCCGGCAGCAAGCGCCAAACUUCGAGUAUGACGACCAGGAGUGGGACGUGGGCGUGGGCGACCUGAUCAUUGACCUGGACGCCGACAUCGCCCAGGCCGACCGUGGGAGGAUGAGCUCCGCCGCCCCGCCCCCGCAGCACCACCACCACCACCAUCACCAUCACCAUCACCACCACCACGCCAACGCAUCGUCAUCCACAUCGCCCAGCGGCGCCAGCGGUGGCGUCAGCGGCACCCCCACCUCCAGCGGGCCUCAGCAGCAGCAGACGCAGCAGUCGCAGCAGCAGACGCCGGAGGACAAACACAGCCUCAAGAUGAAGAUUAAACGGACGAAACCAACGACCAAGAACAGCGAAGCCAAACACGAGAUUGUCAAGAGUGACAUGGGUCCCGGCCCCCCCCACCAGGCCCCCCCGACCCCCAUGCAGCAGCAGCACCACCAGCAGCUGCACCAACAGCACCCCCCCAUGCCCCAGCAGCAGCCCCCGCAGCAGCAACAGCCGCACGGGGCGCCGCCACACCAACCCCCACCCCCGCAGGCCGCCCCUCAGCAGUCGCAGCAAAACAACAGCGGUCCACUGCCCUCCACGCCGCCCACCCUCCACCACAACGGCGCCCACAUCAAGCUGGAGCCCGGCACCGGUGGCCUCGGCGGCGUCAACAGCACCGGCGGCGGCAGCACCGGCGGCAGCGGCAACAACAACAAUAACAACAGCAGCGGCGGCGGCGUCAUGACCAACAGCACCACCACCGGCACCACCACCACGCCGGAGAUGAACGGCCGGGCGCCGCCUCGCUCGCAGCCCCACGUGCGCGCCACCCACAAGAAGGACAAACGCCGCCACGACCUUAACGGCACGACGUCCCCCCCGCCCCCCCAGCCCCAGCCCUUGGCGUCGUCCCCGCGGCCGCUCCCCAACCCCGCCCUGACGCCGGCAAUACCUCCUUCUGCCGCUGUCGUCGCCGCCGCCGCCGCUGCUGCCUCCGCCCCCACCUCCGUCACCCUCACCUCCGCCCCCUCCCCAGCGGCAGUCGUGGUGACGGCGGCGGCGGGGAUGGGUCCGGGGGCGUCCCCCCCUCUGGCCGCCGUGAAGUUGGAGCCCCGUGCCCCCAACUCCUCCCCCAGCAGGGCCACCACGCCGCUCACGCACUUCCCCAUCAAGAGCGACACGCCGCCCCCCGCCAAGCGCCCCAAACCGGGUGAGGAGAGUGUGGCGUCUCGGCGUGAUGUGUGUGUAGGAACCAGUGUGGCCACCCUCACCGACCCUGACUGCCUCGGUCCCUGCGAGCCUGGCACCUCCGUCAUGUUGGAGGGCAUCGUCUGGCAUGAGACUGAGGGUGGAGUCUUGGUGGUUAAUGUGACGUGGCGCGGAAAGACCUACGUGGGCACCCUGCUGGACUGCACCCGCCAUGACUGGGCACCGCCAAGGUUCUGUGACUCGCCCACCAGCGACAUAGAGUCUCGCACACCCAAGGGACGGGGUAAGCGGGGACGUGCUGCCACAACCGCUGCUAACACCACCACUACCACACCUGGCAAUGAUCUCAGUGUUACGGAGACGCGCAGUGGAAAAUUGCGCAAUGCUAAUGUCAAGGGACGGAGAGGAAAUGUGACCCCAACAUUCAAUCCUCCUCCCAGUCCAGUUAAAUCUGAACCUGGUGGGACCAAACGCAAGGGUAGAGAAAACGAAACACCCGAUACCAAGAACUGGAAGCGUUCACGUGCAUCAUCGCGAGGGACUCCCACCAAUGGCUCCAACAGCCCCGGCCCUGACCAGCCAUCCUCACCCCAGCUGAUCGAGUGCCCCGAGCCCAAUUGCAACAAGAAGUACAAACAUAUUAACGGGUUAAAGUACCACCAGAGCCACGCCCACAACAACGCCGCCAAUGACGACGAGACCACCAGCACUGAGGGCCGGGCCGAGAGCGAGGUGGAGGAGAGCCAACCCUCCUCGCCGGCCCCCGUGGUGGAGAUGCCCGUGGACAAAAGUGCACAGGACUUGGUGAAGCCUUCUGUGUUGCGCUACACGGGGCCGCCCGCCUCCACGCCCAGCCCAGGACCCAACGAAGAGACAGCCAAGGCAACCAACGCAGUACCUGCUAGUCAGCCCAGUGUGAUACAGCCCCGUGUGCCGCCGCCCAGCCCGGCCGUCUACGUGUACUCGGGGUCUGGCGGUGUGGUCAGUCCUCAGCAUCCCCCGUUGGGUUCCCCUGGGGUAGGUGUGGGUGCUCCAGGAGUGGGUGCUUCUCCCUCUGUGGUUGGUGUCCCAUCCUCAGGGGUGGGUGUGACUCCUGUCUCUGGCAGCAUAUCACAGGUCAGACCCAGCAACUUGAUCAGGCCUGAGGUGAGACCUGAGAUGACGGUGAGGUCAGGCAUGGCUGGUCCCAGGCCACCCAUGCCCCCUGUGGGAGCGCAGGUGCCCCCCACCUCUACAAGCCUGCCCCCACUGCCCCCGCAAGGCACACCCCUCUCAAGUUUACCUGGGAACUCUCCGGGCUUGAUCAGUGUCAAACAGUCACUUCUAGAAUCUGACAAAAAUAAGCCAAAGGAGUUGAUAAAUGGCUUGGUGAGCAAAGAUGUGCGAGACGAGGAUCACCAGACGGGGCGAGAAGACGCCCGCAGUCCUGCGUACUCUGACAUAUCUGAUGCCAACGACACUGCGCCAGUGAUGGAUGGCGACAACGACAACAAAGAUUUGCAAGACGACAACAAGAAGCCUGAAUUACCUCUUGGUGCACAACCCUACUCUCCCUAUGGGAUGUACUACCCCUACGGACAGCACCCGCCACCAUUCCUCAUGCCUCCCAUACAGCCCCCGCCUGGGCCACCCGUCCCCACGAGUAAAGAUGGAGACGGGAAAGACUUGAAAGAUAAACCCGGGGAAAGUGACAAAAGAGACAGUUUACCUCCGCCAGGUAGUAGUGAGUUUCUUAGUAAAAUUCCUCCACAGUACCUUUAUCCAUCUCCGUAUUAUAUAAAUUAUCCGGAACAUUUUUUAAGAGAAGCGCCAAUUUACAAAGAAGUGGAGAGUAAGGACUUGGUGUCAUCGAGGGAGGGAGACAAAGGUCCAACAGACCUCUCCAAAACAGGGCCAGGGGGGCUGGCUCCCCUUGUCACCUCUACUAUACCCAAAGAUAAGUUAGGUAUGAUCAAGGACAAACAGGGAGAGAAUCACACUAUCCACAAAGAAUCACAUGAGCUCAAGGGCCAGCUAGAAAAGCGGCCGCCGUUUGAAGAGCCUCCCCUGGCCUACCGGUACCCCUUCGAUCAGCGCCUGCCUCUACCUGUGCUGCCACAGGACAAGGCAGGGGACAAGGGCCUUGGCGGAGGACCCAAACCCUCGCCUCCUGCGCCCAUGUCUAGUCCUAGGGUUGUGUCCACGCCCCCAGCGAGCUCAGCCCUUGGGAAGGACGACCGGGGAGACAAAAAGAACGAAAACAAGAAUGAAGGCGUGAAACCCACCAUGGAAACAACUGGUCCUCCUCCUCCCCCAACCUCCACAGCCUACUACCCCUCCUUCCCCCCCUACAGCCCCCUCACUUACGACCCUUAUCGCCCCCCUAUCGUCCCUACCAUGACCCUCCCAGCUGGCUACCCUCCCCCUCACUACCUUGCCCCCCCAGCCAUGGUGCCACGGUUUCCCCUCAACCCCCCGGGCAGCAACGCACCGGAGGACCUGUCUCGGGGUGGGUCAAGUGGGCCCAUGAUCCACGCCCCGCACCUCUACUCCAGCCAUAACCAUAAGAUACACGAGCUGCAGGAGAGGGCGAGGAAGUCCCCCUUGUCCUCCGGCCUCUUGAGCACCCCCCAGAAAGUGUCGUCACCCAUGAACAGUGGUAAAGAGGGAUCUCCUUUGGGGCCGGUCGUCACCUCCGCUUCAAUAUCCGUGUCCUCGUCCUCCUCGUCCUUAGUGCACGGAGAGAGGGGAUCCAUCGGAGGAGGGGUAGAGGGACGGUCACCCCCAUCAGCCCGCCCCCCCACACACCACCUGCAUGAAGGCUUCUCUCACUACUCUCAUUUCUCCCCACAGUACCACUAUCCAGCUCUGGGGGCGGGGCAGACGGCGGUGGCGGCGGGAGCUCCCUCAGGAUUGGCAGCGGCAGCGGUGGCAGCAGCGGCGGCAGCAGCGGCAGCGGCUCCACCGGCCAAAUGAACUGCAACAACAACAACCACGAAUGACCUGAUGGCCUGCCCGUCAACCCCGGGAGAGAGAGUGAACCCGUGUGACCUGCUUGCCCCCAGUGAAGUGUGUGGUGUGGCUGGGCCAAGCAGGUGGAGUGACUGACACACUAAACACUAGUCUUAGUGUGUUGCAAGGAGCUUGAUGUCACCUUGAAAGUGUGGAUUAUCCCAAAGCAUUCCAUUGGGCUGGAAUAUCAAAAGAUGUUGAACGGGGAAGACUCGCUGGAGUCGUUCCCGUGGGAAGCAGAAAGCAAUCUGUUGGGAGUACAAAGACACGUGAAAGUGUGUGAACAAAGUGCUGCUGGAAUUCUGCUAAUCAGGACUUAUUGGCAUUGAUUUUGUGAAGAUGUUCCUUCAAAGAAGUUUUCUUUGAGAACUCUUAGAUUUUCAUUCACAAAAUUCCAUAUUAGUUUGUGCUUUGAAGCUCAACCAAAUAGUAAGACAUGAAAAUUUGUCUAUUGACUUUGAAUUAUUUUGAGUGUGGAGGUGUUAUGCAAGUGUGGUAUGCAUAGUGACUGCAGGAGAAAAGGCUUUUUCUGAAAGACUAAUGAAAUUCCAGAAAUGAAUAUGAAAAUUUGCAGGAGCCAUAAGGUGGUGUGGUUAUGCCUCAUGUGAUAAUAAACAUAGAGAGGAGCAUGAAACUUGGGCACUGUUGAACUGGCAAUGUGCUUGUGAUUUCAUGAAAAUGUGUUGAUUACCUUAUUUUUAUAGAUGAUUGGUAAAAUAAAAUUGGUGUCUUUCAUUACGGAAGUAAUUGGACUUCAUUGGAGUGUGUUGACUGGUGGGUUAACGGUGUUGUAUGCUGAAGUGAUGACGCCAGUAGUGUGAGAUAUGUAAGUGAUGUGCUGUUAUGCUCAGGAAGGUUAGGGAAGGCAGUGGUGGCAUGUUUGUCAGGCACCACGGCCAUACAGAAGGACAAUAACAAAAGCUAAAAAACAAAUAAAAUAUGGAUACCUGAAAGUGUCAUCUCUGAUAUUCCUAAAGAGAGGAAUAGUGUUCCGUACAUAGUAAGCUGGUAUAUGAUGCCUUGUACUUGUAGCAUGGCUAGUGUCAUGUUUCCAACACCUCUACAAGCAGACAGGAGGCUUCCAUACUCCUGGUAUUGAUUACUGUAGCGCUGGGAAGACCUUAUUCUGUCAGUGGUAGAGCCAAGGAGGGUGUGAGAGUGGCAAGUGCUGUGGUGAGGCCAAGAAUCCUAGGACAGUGUAGGUGAGCUAGGCGGUGUGUGUGCGUGUGAGUGUUGUGCGAUAGAGAGUGAAUGCCUUCAUCUUCGUCACCUUCAUCAACAUUGUCAUUAUGUAUAUGUGUUCAUGCUGUGAUUGCAAUGCUGUGGAGUCCAUAUUACUAUACUUUUGUUGUCCUGACCAGUCUGUGAUAGGUCAGCAAACUCAGGUGUGUAUGAGUGGCUGUUCACUCACCUGGAUGCUCGCUUCAGAACUACAGGUGGACACACACAAACCUCUUCAUGUGUCUGUGUGGCUGAAACGCUGAGAGGUAGAGGAAACGGAGAGUGCUGAAAGGAUGUUCAGAAAUCACAAAAUGCAGCGACGUGACAAGCAAUGACGGCGACAGUUUAGGAAAUGAUUACAACCAUGUCAUUCCAGUUACAGUUAUCAUUCCAAGAGUUUUGUAUUCUACCCAGACCCUCAGUCCUUCAUAUGUUAGCUUUCUCCAAACAUAUUCAACUGUUAUGUAAACUAUCCCAACCUCUGAAUAGGCAUCCCAAUUUUGAAAGACUAAAUUUCGUAGGAAGGCAAGACAAUAUGUGUGAUUUACAUUUUUUAUCAAAAAUCUAGUCAUCGCAUCACUUUGUCUAACAUUGAAGUAUAUUAAAUUACUGUGGAUUAUUAAAAUGGUUUGCCUCUAUAACUAAACUAAACUAAUUCAUGAAAAUAUCUUAAUAUCUCUUCCUUGGUACUCUGCCAAUAGAGCUCAGCUAAGUACAUACAGACACACCAUAGGAGUGAAUUAGGCGGCAGGAGUCAUGCAAGUUGUCUUUGCCUCCCCCUCACGGCCUUCCUGCACCAGCCAGUCCUGAAGCUCGUUAUCAAUUGGAAGUCUUUAUUCUCAUAUAUAAGUUAAUCCAAGAAGUUUUUAUAGUCAUAUUUUCAUAAAAGUCAUUAGAAGAUUAAAGUUCCGAAGUUCUUUAAGGUCUGAGUAGUGUGUGGGCAUGUCUGGGUUCAUUCUGAAGUGAAGGAAACUAAAACAAACUGAAGAAUGCUUGUCUUUAAGUUUGCUUGUUUUAGCCUGGAGAGUUCAAUCUUAUUUAUAGCUAUUUUAUGAAAGAACUGUUUAUCCAGGGUUCAAAACUAUUUUGUAUGAUGGGUAUUUCUAAAUAGAAGACUUCAACCUUCAAGUUAGAGCUGUCAGUGUUGUGUUGAUACCAAGGAGACUUCAGUGUUGGAUAUGUUGAGUCUGGCUGUGUGAGCCAAUUUUUUUAAAAAACUUAUUUCAAAAUAUAAGAAAAUUUGAAA